AAUGUAUUUUAUCUGCACAUCUUCGCGAGAUCAUUAUCUUUGCUUCAACCUAUUUUCCUGGAACUUUGGAAAGUUAUCACUUGAGUCAAAAUGAAGCCAAUGAUGAUCACCCUGUGCGUCUUGCUCUGUGUAAUGCUGAUAACCGUCGAAGGCCGGCGACACAAGCGGUCAAGUAGUUCGAGCAGUAGCGAAGAAAGCACCGAGACAGAAACAGGUACGGGUACAGGAACGGGAACUGGUACUGGUACUGGUACCGGUACCGGUACAGGGACCGGUACUGGCACAGGUACCGGUACAGGGACUGGCACAGGCACCGGUGCAGGAGCCGGUACCGGAACUGGAGCGGACGCUGGAAAUCCAAUUGUUGCCACUACGCCAGCAGCGACAGCUACACCACCACAAGCAGGGACCGGUACUGGCACAGGCACCGGUGCAGGAGCCGGUACCGGAACUGGAGCGGACGCUGGAAAUCCAAUUGUUGCCACUACGCCAGCAGCGACAGCUACACCACCAGUGCCGUAGCGGAGUAGUGACUCUCAAAGCAAUUUCCCUUUUACCCGUGAAAUUGUUCUUUUUUAAUAUUGUCAUGGUUACCUGUAUAUAUUUAUUGCAAAAUAAUUUUUUGGAACAAAAGGACUAACAGAGUGCACUAUCAAUGUACCUAUCAAUAAAAAAUUAAAAAUGCAAACGCCAUAAUAUGGCGUUUGCAUUUCUAAUUUAAUAAUUGGAAAUACGCAUUUUUAAUAAUUCAUUCAGCGCUGCGUAUUUUGGUAAAGCAAAGGAAAUUACAACCCUUUGACAAAUAAAGUAAAAAAUUAUAGUCAUAAAUUCAUUCGCUACUUAUGUUAAGAACACAAUGACUUGAGCCUAUAUCAGUCUAAAACAUCAUAUUAAUCUACUGUAUUUUGUUAAAUGCUAAAUGGUGUUCUUUCUCACUAAGUUUGGUGACAGUUCGUAUACCACUUUAUUGUAUAAAUAAAAUAUUGUUUGCACUAUUGCUUUUUAAUUUUAUUACAAAUACGGGUUUAUGAAUUUCACGAACUAUGCAAUAUCUGGAGACAUUAUUUUGUAUACAUGAAAAGUUUUAUACAUUAAAAAAAAAGAUAUACUUCAUAAAUAAAUCAUACUGAUAUGGACUGAGAAAGCAUCUUCAAAAAUAUUGUCUGUUUUCUAAUGUUAUCGAAUGUAUGAAAAAAUUAUUAAGUGGAUAUUAAGAAAGUAGUUGUUAAAAUUC